AUGAAAGUGUUCAUCGUGUUAGCAGCGGCCGCAGCUCUUGCGAGCGCCCAAUUCAAAUGUCCAGCCAAGGAUGGUCAAUACGAAGAUGACAGACAGUGUGACAAGUUCUACGAAUGUGUUGACGGUGCUGCAACCACCAAACUGUGCCCUGACGGGCUUGUGUUCGACCCUACCAUCAGGAAGAUCAACAAAUGCGACCAACCCUUCAAUGUUGACUGCGGCGACAGGACAGAACUUCAGCCACCUAAGCCAUCACCUCUGUGCCCACGUCGCAACGGUUUCUUCGCACAUCCCGAUCCCUCGGUUUGCAAUGUAUUCAUGAACUGCAUUGAAGGAGAAGCCAUCGAAGUCAAAUGUACAGCUGGUCUUCAUUUCGAUGAGUACUCCGGCACCUGCGUGUGGCCCGAUGCAGCUGGAAGAGCCGGCUGCGCUGUUACUGACAAAAAACUCAAGGACGGUUUUGAAUGUCCCAAGACCCAACAAGUCGACCCUCAGGGUCAGGCUGUAGCUCAUCCCAAGUUCCCUCACCCCAACGACUGCCAACGUUUCUACGUUUGCUUGAACGGCGUUGAACCUCGUGACCUCGGAUGCACUGUCGGAGAGGUUUACAACGAGGAGACUCAAAAGUGUGACGCUCCCGAGAACGUACGCGGGUGCGAGGACUGGUACAAGGACGCCGAAGACGCACCCCCAGCCCCUAAAGGCAGAUCUUAA